CCUACCCACCAUACAUCAGAAGCAACACAGCCCUGCGAGCUCAGAAGUUCAGUUCAUAGCAGUAAUGGCAGGCACUCUCUUUCGUAUAUUCCUGAUCUUUCUAGGGCUCUCUCAACUUCUAUGCUUGAAAGCAGUCCCAAUUACAAGGACCGAAAGCCUUCUGCAAGUUCCAAAGGUUCAUGAUCUUGUUCCAGAAAAUAAGGACGAGGUCGUUGCUAAGGAUAACAUGCAGUGGAUGGUGGAGCCAAGUGCAGUGAGUGAGAGGAUGGACUUGGACCUUCAUGACUACUCACCAUAUGGACCUAAUACUCGUCAUACCCCAAGAGGAUCAUAAUGUGCGAAAUUAAUAUAUAUGUAUUCAUGUGUAUGAUUGUAAGGGUGCCCCUUGGCGCCUAGCUAUAAACUCAAUUUCUGUUAUCACUUAUAAGCAACAAUUUAGUGGGAUAUAUAUUUAGACUACAAUUAAGUGAUGUUAGUUAAUCUUGGAAUCACGAGCCUCUGUGCGUGUUCAAGAACUUGUUUAUGUAAACUCAUUCUCUAUCUAUCUAUGUUAAGAAUAUUGGGAUUAAUAAAUUUCACAUUUCCAACUUUAU